AUGGCGUUAAAGGUAACCAAGAUCUCCCGAGUCAACCCAACAAGAAACUCUUCUCAUGACUCAAACAACUCACUGGUUUACCCACUCACGUUCUUCGACUUACGGUGGUUAAAGUUUCAUCCAACCGAAAGAGUCAUCUUCUACAAACUCAAUACAAACUCAUCUCCCGAGUCAUUCCACUCUAUGAUCCUCCCCAAGCUUGAGCACUCUCUUUCUAUCGUCCUUGGCCACUACCUCCCGCUCGCAGGCCGCCUCACGUGGGAUCCAAAAGAUCCUAAGCCUUAUAUAGUCGUCUCUACGCAAGAUUCUGUCUCAUUGACAGUUGUGGAGAGCGACGCUGAUUUUUCCCGUAUCUCGGGGAAAGGGCUACGGCCUGAGACCGAGAUACGCGCCUUGGUGCCCGAAUCUUCGGUUUUUUGUGAGUCCCCCUCUCUUCUUUCAUUGCAAGUCACGUUUUUUCCGAACCAAGGGUUUUGUAUUGGUGUAUCAGCUCAUCAUUCUAUUAUGGACGGCAAAACAAUGGUUAGGUUUAUUAAAUCAUGGGCUCACAUAUGUAAACAUGGUUCCAUGGAUUUGCCAAAUGAUUUAACUCCAUUUUUAGAUCGUUCGGUUAUAAAUGUGCCCUCAAGUCUCGAUGCAAAAAUCUUGGAACUUUUGUCAUACUUUUCAAAAGAGAAAGAUAACUUCAAAUCAUUGAAGUUGGUUCCUAUCGAGGAGAUAAGCCCGGACUACGUCCGGGUCACGCUGGAGUUGAAUCGAGAGAAUAUAGAGAAGCUUAGGGAGCGAGCCAAGAGGGAGUCAGCUCGCUCCCAUCUUGAGCUUCACUUAUCAACGUUCGUUAUAGCCAACGCUUAUAUGUGGACAUGCUUGGUGAAGACGCGUGGGGGAGAUGUGAAUAGACCAGUGCGUUUCAUGUAUGUUGCUGAUUUCAGAAACCGGUUUGAUCCACCGGUUCCUGAUACGUAUUUCGGGAACUGCGUGUUCCCGAUCGGUUGCUUUGGUUACAAGGCGGAUGUAUUUUUGGGAGAAGAUGGAUAUGUAACCGCGGUCGAAAUUUUAAGUGAUUCGAUUAGAAGUAUUGGUUCACAAGAAAUGGAAACAAUUUGUGACUUGUACAUUGAUGGAACAAAGAGUGUGAAACCGGGUACACAAACAAGCUCCAUUGCUGGUUCGAACAGGUUUGGUCUCUACGGGUCAGAUUUCGGGUGGGGAAAACCUUGUAACAGUGAGAUUGUGUCCAUAAACCGUAACGAGGCAAUUUCUAUGUCGGAGAGGACGGGUGAGUCCGGUGGUGUGGAGACCGGUUUGUGUUUGAAGAAAUGUGAGAUGGAUAUAUUUCUUUCUCUAUUUCAAACUGGUUUAGAAAUUGUGAAAAACUGAGUUUUAAAAAUUUACGAGAUUUGUUUCUUUUUAUGGAAAUGUUUUGUGGAUGCUAUAACGA